GAAACAUCAAAUGACAAAAAGAAAUCUUGUUAUCACAUACAGAACACAUAAAAGUAAAUUUAACAUCCCGUAAAAUGAACCCAGAAAAAGGUCCUGGGUGGAACGCGGGAGUUGGAGGUGGUCAUUCUGCAAAUCCUCCUACUGGUGGUUUUCCAGGAUCUGGAGGAAAUAAUUUCAUACCUGCGCCAAUCAAUUAUCCUCCGAUUUCUACAAUCUAUACUUCCACGUCUAGUCCUGCAAGUAGUUACAAUGCCCCGGGUGAAUAUCGCUUAGCUCGUAAUAGUGAUAAAAUUAGAAUAGAAGUUCAAGACAUGUUUAAUGCAAUUGACAUAAACCAUUUUGGUCAUAUCACAUAUGAUCAAUUCAAAGAAACGUUAGUCGAUAACAAUAAUAAAAAUUUCUCUGAAACGGCUUGUAGAAUGAUCUUUAAAAUGUUCGAUCGGGAUGGCAAUGGUGUAAUUGAUGUGUAUGAAUUUCAAGAAAUUUACGACUUUAUCAGUAAAUGGGAAACCAUUUUUGUUAAAUAUGAUCGGGAUAAAUCGAAUACUCUUAACAAAACAGAAUUAGCGCAAGCGUUAAAACAAGUAAUAGGUUACGGAUUUUCCCAAAAAUUUCUUGAUGCAUUAUUCAUAUCAGUAGAUAAUGAUGGUCGACAGCAAAUCGAUGCCGAUCAAUUUAUUGUACUUUUUGUACAAUUGGAAAGACUUACAAAUGAAUUCAAACAGCGAGAUAGGCAACAGACAGGAGAAAUUUCAAUGGAUUAUGACGAUUUCAUGUUUACAGCUUUAAGUAUAUUAUUUUAA